UCCCUCCGUCGUUCCCUCCUCCUUCUCCUCCUCCUCCUCCUCCUCCUUGCCCUCGCCUCUGCCCUGCCGCAGUCGGCAGGGAGCGGGGCGUCGGCCCCCUUCCCCUCUGCAGAGAUAGCAUCGAUCGGCCCGGCCCUCCCCUCGCCAGCAGACCGCCGCCGCGUCGGCGCCGCAUCCUCCCCUUAGACAACCUCGGGUGCGAGGACCAGCCCGGCCGCCAACGGCUCCCGGCGUGCACUGCGGCGAGCGCUCUCAGGGAGCGGGCGGGAUGCGCCGGCCGGGCGGUGUCUCCUGAGUCUCCGUGCCCCCGCGGCAGGGCCGCUGCGCACCCGGCUCCGACCGCCCCUGCCCAUGGGCCGCGGACCACCGCGAGGAGCAGGCCGAGCGCCGCAGCCGCCGGAGGGACCGUGGCAGGUCACCUGGAUGUCAGCAUGGCAGCCACCAACCUGGAGAACCAGCUGCACAGCGCCCAGAAGAACCUGCUCUUCCUCCAACGGGAGCACGCCAGCACACUCAAGGGGCUCCAUGCUGAGAUCCGGCGCCUGCAGCAGCACUGCACAGAUCUAACCUAUGAGCUGACACUCAAAAGUUUUGAAGUGACAGGAGCCGUCUCCUGCAGAACAACGGAGCUGAAGAGGCGCUGUGAAGAGCUGGAGGCCCAGCUGAAGGCCAAGGAGGAAGAAAACCACAAGUUACUGCAAGAACUGGAGCAGAAGAACGCUGCCAUCGCUGUGCUGGAGAAUACCGUCCGUGAGAGAGAGAAGAAGUACCUGGAGGAGCUGAAGGUGAAGAGCCACAAGCUGAGCAUGCUGUCAGGCGAGUUAGAGCAGCGCGCCAGCACCGUGGCCUACCUCACCUCGCAGCUGCAUGCAGCCAAGAAAAAGCUCCUGAGCUCUAGCAGUACCUCUGACGCCAGCCCAGCCGGCGGCCCUGCACUGGCCAGCUACAAGCCCACACCCCCCAAGGACAAGCUGCCUGAGACACCCCGUCGCCGAAUGAAGAAGAGCCUGUCGGCCCCACUGCACCCUGAGUUUGAGGAGGUCUACAGGUUUGGAACCGAGAGCCGCAAGCUCCUUCUGCGGGAGCCGGUAGAUGCAAUGCCAGACCCUACCCCGUUCCUGCUGGCCCGGGAGUCCGCUGAGGUCCAGCUCAAGGAGCGGCCUCUUGUCAUACCUCCCAUCGCCUCAGACCGUGGCGCCAGCGGGCAACAUAGCCCAGCCCGAGACAAGCCACACAAGACCCAUGUCGGGGUGGCUCAUCGCAUCCAUCACGCCAGUCCACCCCAGGCCCAGCCUGAGGGGGAGACGAGGGCUGUGGACCAAGUGAACACAGGGAAGGUGGUGCGGAAGCACUCAGGGACGGACCGAACUGUGUGAAGCCUGCGGCCAGCCCCGCAGCCAUCCACGCACUGUGAGCGCCGCAGGGAACCUCGCCCACACCUUCCUCCCCCACCCAUGCCAAAUGUUUCCUACCGUCGCAGCCUGGCUCCUGGCCCAUAGGGACACAAUGCUAUGAUGGUGUCCCCACUGAAGAUAUUUACUGGCACUGUGGCCAAUGCCUGCAUGCCAAUAGCUUGCUUCCAGCCCCUCGCCAUGAGAUCUCGGCACAGUCCUAGACAAGGCCCAGGCCACAGCUGCAUCACAUGCCACACUCAGAAUCAGAACCGCUUGAAGUCAAAGCAAAAUAAGGACUUGCCCCUCCCAAGAUCCAGGGCAGCCGAGCAGAGCAGAGCAGCAGCUUCUGCUCCCUACUGGGAGACUCCUACCUUCCCACAGACCCUUUGCCGAGCAGCUGUAUAUCACAUGACCUAAGCAAGAUGACCUCACCCCUCAUGUCACCCCAACCUGAAGGUGUGUUCAUAAUUUUUUGUUAGUUUCAUCCAAAUGUUCAGGAUCCAACAAAUGUUAUUUUCUAAACCCA